CCCCCAGCGGGUUCUUCGCUGCGAAGAAAAUGGCGGCGGCCGAGCGGGGCCGGGGAGAGGCUGGAGGAGAAGCCGGAGGAGCCGCUCUCGGCGAUGCGGGAGCGGGCGCCCAAGGCCAAGAAGCUGAAGCGGGAGCGCCGGGAGGAGCCGGAGCCGGAACCGGAGCCGGCGCCGCCGUCGUCGGAGCCGGCCGAGGCCGGCAAGGCCGAGAGCUCGGAGGGGGCGGCGGCGGCGGCGCCGGCGGCUCCGGAGGCGUCGGCGUCACAGCAGCGGCGCUCGAUCAUCCGGGACCGCGGGCCCAUGUACGAGGAUCCCACCCUGCCCGAGGGCUGGACCCGCAAGCUGAAGCAGCGCAAGUCCGGCCGCUCCGCCGGGAAGUACGACGUCUACCUGAUCAACCCCCAGGGCAAAGCGUUCCGGUCCAAGGUGGAGCUCGUGGCGUACUUCGAGAAGGUCGGGGACACCUCGCUGGACCCCAACGACUUCGACUUCACCGUCACCGGGCGGGGGAGCCCCUCGCGGCGCGAGCAGCGCCCGCCCAAGAAGCCCAAAGGCGCCAAGAGCGCGGGCACCGGGCGCGGCCGCGGCCGCCCCAAGGGCAGCGGCGCCCCCAAAGCCCCCAAGGCGGUGGCGGCCGAGGCGGCCCCGGCGCUGCCCAAGCGCGGGGGGGCGCUGGAGAAGAGCCCGGCCAAGCUGCUCGUGAAGAUGCCGUUCGCGGGCGGCGCGCGCGGCGACGCCGGUGCCGGAGCCGCCACCACCUCGGCGCAGGUCCUGGCCGUGAAGCGCCCGGGCCGCAAGCGGAAAGCGGAGCCCGACCGGCACGGGGGAGCGCCCAAGAAGCGGGGCCGCAAACCGGCGGCGGGAACCGGGCCCGGUGGCGCCGGCACCGGCAGCGGAGCGGCGGCGUUGGCGGCGGCGGCCGAAGCAAGAAGAACGGCGGCGGCGGCGGCGCCCGCGGUGCAGGAGACGGUGCUGCCCAUCAAGAAGAGGAAGACGCGGGAGCCGGCGCUGCUGGAAGCGGCCAAACCGGCGCCGGCGCCGCCCGAGCGCGGCCCCCGCGGCCCCCGCGCCGCCCGCGGCAGCCCCAAGGGUCGCGGUGGCGGCGGUGCCGCGGUGCCGGCGCCCGGCAGGAGGGAGCUGGGGGGGUCGCCGGUGCCGAGCGAGCCCCCCCGCAGCCCCAAGGACAGCGGCAGCGCCGCCCCCCCGGCGGCACAGGACUGCAGCGGCUGCUCCCAGCACCGCGGCGCCGCGGCCGCCCCCGACGGCUGCGCCACGGCAAAGACUCCGUUGGGCCGGGCGCCGGGGGGGGAGCCCGAGCCCAAGGACGCUGCUUCCUCCUCCUCCUCCUCGUCCUCAUCCUCGUCCUCGUCCUCCUCCUCCUCGUGCUCGUCCUCGUCGGCGCCGCCGCCCCCUCCCCCGCCCAGCGCCGCGGUGCCGCGGCCGCCGCCCGCCGCCCCCCCCGCGACGAGGCGGUCGACACCAGGACGCCUGUGCCCGAGCGGGUCAGCUGACUGUGAGCCAACCAAUCACGGACCCAGGAUGGACACAUGGACCCACCCCGUCCCCCCCCAUCGCCCCCCCUCCCCCCAGCUCCAUCACCCUGAGCCCCCCCCCCAUCCCAGCCCCCCCCCCCCGUCUAUGACCGAGAAGCACAGCGAGGGCCCCCCCACAAGCACUAAAGGGGGGGGGUGGCCCCGGGGACCCCCCCGAUGUGGGGGGGUGAAGGGGGCUCCGGGGCCAUGGGGGGGUCGGGGUCCGCCCCUCCCCUAGCGCCGCCGCUUCAUUCGUUCUUCCAGUUCCGUUCCCGCGUUUUUAGGUAGGAACCAUUUGCACUAA